CCGUACAAUAUAGGCUUGUGUCAGCUUGGAGACAUGGAGGCCUGGCUCAUCAUCCUCGCUUCUCUCUCUGCAUGUUUCUUCAUAAAACUCCUCUUCAGUCUUCUUUUCUCCUCCAAAACCACCAAAGAUGGCGAGCUCCCACCAGGACCCAAGCCUCUCCCCUUCAUCGGACACCUUCAUUUACUUCCCAAAUCGACGAUUGAGCUCAGAUCCCUCAUCUCCAACUUAUCCCAAAAGUUUGGCCCUAUUUUGACUCUCCGCGUUGCCUCCAAGCCCCUCAUUUUCAUAACUUCCUACCCCAUCGCCCACCAAGCGCUUGUUAAAAACAAUGCCAUCUUUGCAAACCGUCCGCCAAUCGUCCCAGUCAGCUAUGUUCUCAGUAACAAGCGCAAAGAUAUUGGCGGAUCCCCCUACGGCAAUACUUGGCGUCUCCUUCGUCGUAAUCUCAUGUCUGAAGCUCUCCAUUCCAGUGGGGUGAAAUCUUACACUUUCGCCCGCAAGCGAUCAUUGGAAACAAUGAUUAAUGGCUUCAAGCAAUGUUCCCAGGACGACGCCGUCCGUCUCUUUGAGCAUCUCCACCUGGCCGUGUUUUCCUUGUUCAUUCUCAUGACUUACGGAGACAUCGGUGAUGAUGCCAUUAAAGCAGUUGAACACAUUCAAUAUAAGUUUCUUGUCAGUUACUCCGAGUUCAGUGUUUUCGCCACCUGGCCGACACUGGGGAAGCUUAUCUACCGAAAGAAAUGGGAAAGGUACAACGAUUUUCUAAAGCGUCAAUACGACGUCCUUAUGCCUCAUAUUAGAACCAGACAGAAGUUGAAGCAAGAGAAGGGCACCAAAGAAGUCGACUUGGUAACUUACACAGAUACCUUACUCGAUUUGGAGAUUACCGAGGGCGCCGGUAACCAAGGCAAGCUUGACGACGCUGAUGUACUGAGCUUGAGCUCGGAGUUCAUCAACGCCGGUGCCGACACAACCGCAACGAUGUUCCACUGGAUCAUGGCGCAUUUGGUGAAGGACCCACGUAUCCAAGCCAAACUAUUUGCUGAAAUCAGCCGAGUUGUGGAACAAGGAGCAGAAGAGGUGAAGGAGGAGGACUUGCACAAGAUUCUAUAUUUGAAAGCAGUGAUUCUUGAGUGUCUCAGAAUGCACCCUCCAAACGCCUCGUUAGUCCCACACACAAACACAGAGGAUAUGGAAUUGUACGGCUACAAUAUCCCGAAAGAUACGACGGUGCUCAUCGGGACGGCAAUAAUAGGGCGCGAUCCGACGGUGUGGGAGAAUCCAUCGGAAUUCAGGCCCGAAAGAAUGAUAAGUAUCAAUGAUAAUGGUGGAGAGGAAGUUGGUGAUGUGUUGUCGUUUAAGAUGUUGCCAUUUGGCGCUGGGAGGAGGAUGUGUCCCGGUUACAAAUAUGGGACGCUUAUUCUGGAGUACUUUGUUGCCAAUCUGAUCUGGCAAUUUGAGUGGAAGGCAGUGGAUGAUGUUGAUCUAACGGAGAGGGAGGCGUUCUUGGUUGUCAUGAAGAAUCCUGUGCGUGCCAAGGUUAUCCCAAGAGUCAAAUAGAUACCAUGCACGUACUACUUCUUCUGAGUAUAUGAAUAAGAAGGCCCUUUAUGUAUUUUUCUAUAGUAUCUUUGGUUAAAAAUCACUCAUCUUUUGUAUUGAAAAAAAGGGUAAUAAAAACUAAUGCAUUUUAUGGUUGUUUUA